GUCGUGCGGUAUAAAGCUAUGAUGGCGGCGUUGGCAGAGGAAGUGCUAUGAGGUGGACGUGUUAACGCAUAGUGGACUGUGUACAGAUGCUCACUUGCCCAUGGAGGGUCGCGGCCUGCACGUGUUGCGGCUCGGGUUGUCGCUGGUUACACUGUUGCUGCUGAGGCUGACAGCAGCCGGCCUUGUGGAGCAGGGAGCUCCGGGGCGAGAGGUGGGAUACCCCUGGGAGGAACAGGAGGAAGGCACCGAAGCUGCGGAGAGCGGCCUGAGCUCCGUAAGCCCCGGGGUUGCUGCCGCUUUCCCCACCAGCGAUGUUAUUGUGGAGGAUGACGAAUCCGGGGCUGACCAGGAAUAUCCGGAGGGCGGCCGGGAGGACCACAGACCCAGGUCUCUGGUGAUUAUCAGCACUCUGGACGGGAGGAUCGCGGCUCUGGAUGCGGAUAAUCACGGCAGGAAGCAGUGGGACUUGGACAUCGGCUCCGGCUCGCUGGUGUCCUCCAGCCUCAGCAAGCCAGAGGUGUUUGGCAAUAAGAUGAUUAUUCCCUCUUUGGACGGAGAUCUGUUCCAGUGGGAUCGGGACCGAGAGAGCAUGGAAGCCGUUCCUUUCACUGUCGAGUCCCUCUUGGAGUCCUCGUACAAGUUUGGAGAUGAUGUUGUCUUAGUAGGAGGCAAAUCCCUGACCACGUACGGUCUCAGCGCCACCAGCGGGAAGGUUAAGUAUAUUUGCUCUGCCAUGGGCUGUCGACGCUGGAACGAAGAAGAAACUGAACAAGACGAUAUACUCUUACUGCAUAGAAAGCAGAAGACGGUGCGCGCCGUGGGACCUCGCAGCGGCACCGAGAAGUGGAACUUUAGCGUGGGGCACUUUGAGUUGAGAUAUAUCCCGGAUAUCGAACCCGGGGUGGGAUUUAUCGAAGGCCAACUCGAACCCACCUAUAACCCCGAUGAAAACAAAAUAAUCUCAGACGUGGAUGAUCAAGAAGCUGGGACAAGGGACACUGUUAUAAAGGUUUCUGUAGCUGACUGGAAAGUUAUGGCUUUUAACCGGCAGCUGGGAGACCUGGAAUGGGAACACCAGUUCUGUACUCCGAUUGCAUCUGCCUGGCUGGUGAGGAAUGGGAAAGUCAUCCCCAUCAGUCUGUUUGAUGAUAACAGCUACUCGUCCGAUGACGGCAUCUUAGAGGAUGAGGAAGAUAUUAUUGAAGCCGCGCGAGGCGCCACCGAGUCCAGCUUUUAUUUAGGAAUGUACCGAGGGCAGCUCUACCUGCAGUCAUCUGUAAGGAUUUCCGAAAAGUUUCCAGUAAAUCCCACUGCGCUGGACACCAGAAAGAACGACAACAGCAUUAUAUCUUUACCCAGGAUAAAGUGGAAGCCUUUAAUCCACUCUCCAUCCAGGACCCCGGUAUUAGUUGGUUCGGAUGAAUUUGAUAAAUGUCUCAGCAAUGAUAAGUUUUCUCAUGAAGAAUACAGCAAUGGCGCCCUUUCUGUCCUGCAAUAUCCUUAUGCGAUACUUGGUGGAAUUCCCCGGCUUGAGCUGCAAGGAACCGAAAGGCACAUUCUAGCGUCUGUCCGCUCGGCUGGACGUUCUGUCCACCCCUCUCAAGCACUAACUACUGACAACGGUUACUACCUGCCCUAUUACAAGAGGGAACGCAAUAAGCGGGGCACACAGAUCACGGUUGGAAUCCUGGAGAACCCAAACUACAAGAACCUUCGCAAAAAGGACCCGGUCCUGCUGCUGCACUGGUGGAAGGAGAUCAUAGGAACUAUUUUGCUUUGUAUUACAGCGACCACCUACAUUGUGCGCAGGUUGUUCCAACCCAAUGGUGCACGGAAGAGGAAAGAAUCCGAGACACAAUGUCAGACUGACAAUAAAUAUGACUCCAGCGGUGAAGACGGCAAAGAUAACUGGAAUGAUUUCAAGAACUGCGGCUACGUCUCCCGGUACCUUACGGAUUUUGAGCCUAUUCAGUGUUUGGGACGCGGAGGGUUCGGGGUGGUGUUUGAAGCCAGGAACAAAGUAGACGACUGCAACUACGCUAUAAAAAGAAUCCGCCUCCCCAACAGGGAUCUGGCACGUGAGAAAGUAAUGCGUGAAGUUAAAGCUUUAGCUAAACUGGAGCAUCCCGGCAUCGUCCGCUACUUCAAUGCGUGGCUGGAAGCUCCUCCUGAACUGUGGCAAGAAAAAAUGGACGAGCUGUGGCUGAAGGAUGGAAGCACCGAUUGGCCGUUAAGUUCCCCGACGCCUCUGGAAUGUCUUUCUGUCCGAGUCCGUAGCACGGAUCCGUACUCCAUGAAGGAACAGGUUGAAGUGAUAACGCCGUCAUCGGAAAGUGUGAGCUCCCUCUCCGCCGGAUUUCUAGCCGUACCCCCCGGAGUGCACGAGAGGCACCCACCUCUGCGCAGGUUUUCUACACCCGGAGACUUGAACCAGUCGGAAAACAUCGCUGUAAACCUACAGGACAGCUUUCUCACCGACUGCGACGUGGAGCCCGGUGACCUGGAUGACGACGAUCUGGGUAUUUAUUACGAUUACUGCCCUCGCUCAGCCUUGGAUGUAGGAACGCACGAGCGAACUUCCUCGUCGAUAGUGUUUGAAGACUCUGGUUGCGAUAACGCAUCCAAUAACGUAGAUAACAAAACGGACGUGUCGGUUCUCCUAACCAACAGUGAGUUUUCCGGUAGAGAAAUCGGCACGAAGGACUCGAGCGAAAGCAAACCAACUUCGGCGAGCACUUUAUCCAUCUCUCCUCCGAGGCCGAAGACCUUGAAUUUGGAUCUCACGAAAAACACGGCCGAAAGGGUUAAACCCAGCUCCCCAAAGGUGUAUCUGUACAUCCAGAUGCAGCUCUGCCGCAAGGAAAACCUCAAAGACUGGAUGAGCGCCCGCUGCACGCUGGAGGAGCGGCCGCGAGCCGAGAGUCUGCGUAUAUUUCUGCAGAUCGCGGAGGCCGUGGAGUUCCUACAUAGCAAAGGUCUAAUGCACAGAGAUCUGAAGCCUUCCAAUAUAUUUUUUACUAUGGACGAUGUGGUAAAAGUAGGAGAUUUUGGGUUGGUUACGGAAAUGGACCAAGAAGAUGAUGACGCUGUCCUGACCCCGAUGCCGGCGUAUGCCAGACAUACUGGCCAGGUGGGAACGAAGCUCUACAUGAGCCCAGAGCAGAUCUAUAGCCAAAGUUACUCGCACAAAGUGGAUAUCUUCUCCCUGGGGCUAAUCCUUUUUGAGCUGCUGUAUCCGUUUAGCACGCAGAUGGAGCGCGUCAGAAUAUUAACAGAAUUGCGAGACCUGAAGUUUCCGCCGCUUUUCACACAGAAGUUUGCCCAGGAGGAAAAUAUGGUCCUCCAUAUGCUGUCCCAUAACCCAAGCGAAAGACCCGAAGCGGAAGAAAUUAUCGAAAAUCCCUUGUUUGAAAGCGUCUCGCUUCCGGGCAAACUGACUCUCAGACAGCGUUCCCGGACUCUCAGCAUGUCCGGCUUAAAGCAUUUAAAACAUUCCAGCAGCAAAUGAGCGCGGCACAGAGACACUCGCUCCUUCCGCGCUCGGUGGGAUUUUUAUACACGACUGGAGCUUGAUCAGUCGUCCUCGGAUUUCUACUCGUUUGCAUCCUCGGUAUCUGUUCAGCCCCGA